GAUCAUCGUUCAGUGAGGUUACUGUGCUCUGCUUUAGCUGCUCGCCCACAAGUAUGGAGUCCUGUUUUCUGGCCAUCUCUUUCCUUUUUGCUUUCGGUCUUUCCAGUGGAGAAAGGACGCUGAAGUUUGUCACUGUGCUUUAUCGUCAUGGUGACAGAUCUCCAGUCAUGGCAUAUCCAGCUGAUCCCUAUAAGGAGAGUGACUGGCCCCAGGGUUUUGGACAGCUCUCUCGGGAGGGAAUGAAGCAACACUUCGAACUGGGUCAGUUUUUAAAGAAACGCUACACGGGAUUCCUGAGUGAGAGCUAUGACCGGCAUGAGAUAUUUAUCAGAAGUACAGACGCCGAUCGGACUCUAAUGAGUGCAGAAGCAAACCUGGCUGGCAUGUUCCCACCUAAUGGUUCUGAGAUGUUUAAUCCAGAUUUGAAAUGGCAACCAAUACCUGUCCACACUGUCCCAGAGGACCAAGAUAAGCUGCUCUCCUUCCCUCUGAAAGACUGUCCACGUUACUCACAGUUAAGGAAUGAGACUGAAAAAACAAACAUUUUUCUUAACAUGACUGAAACCUACAAGGGCUUUUUGGAGAUGGUGAGAAAUAGAACAGGACUGGAGAAACCCAACAUUGGAAAUAUUUGGAGUUUGUAUGACACAUUGUUCUGUGAGGCAAAGCAUGGGAUGCGACCACCUGAUUGGGUUACUCCAAGUGUGAUGGAGACGCUAAAGGUCUUAAACAACUUUGGUUAUCAGAUUUUGUUUGGAGUCUACAAGAAAAAAGAGAAGUGCAGACUUCAGGGAGGCCUGCUGUUAGGUCAGAUUAUUAAGAAUCUGUCAAAUGCUGCAGUACUGGACUCUAAACAGGAAGUGAAGAUGAUGGUAUACUCAGCUCAUGACACAACAGUUGUAGCCCUGCAGGAAGCUCUGAAUGUCUUUAAUGGCCUGCAGCCACCUUAUGCAUCGUGUCAUCUAAUUGAACUUCACCAGGAAGAGAACGGGAUGUUUACAGUGGAGAUGUCUUAUCGCAAUGACACUAAUGUGUCUGAACCUUACCCUGUGUCUUUACCGGGCUGUUCCCAGCGCUGCUCCCUACAGGACUUUGUGAAACUCACACGUGAAGUCAUACCACAAGACAGGGAUAAAGAGUGUCAGAUAAGGAAGGAAGCCACAGACAAAGGAGCUGCUGCUGGAGAGGAUAUACUGGAAGAAGGUGGCACAAAAGAAGAGGAAGAGCAAAACAGAGAGGCAGAAGGCAGCAUUAGACAACCAUCCCCAGAAGGACCUGAUGGUGCCAAGUUACCAUCCGAAUGCUGUUCUUAUACUUUUAGGAGAAAUAUCCCCAUUACUACAAUUGACUCCUACAUAGAGACAAGCGUGGAAUGCCCCAAACCUGGAGUCAUUUUUGCCAUCAAGGCGGGUCUUCGUAUCUGCAUGGAUCCUCAGCUGAGCUGGGUGAAGAGUGCCAUGAAAGCAGUCGAUGAGCGUGAUCUAUACAAAAAAAAUGAACAUCGUGGUCAUCCGUUGUUUUAACCCAACAAGUUGGGUUAUUUGUUUAACCCAGCAUGCUGGGUUGCUUUUAUGAUUUAAAAUUACUAUACUGCUGAACCCAAAUUGAGCUAGAAAUUAAACCUACAAACCUUGUUCAUUUUAAAAUCCCUUUUACACACACACAGAAUGACUAUCAAAAUGUAAAUAUUAAUUUAAAGAAAACAGUCAAAAGUAACAUGCAUGUAAGAAGAAAUGCAGAAAAGUAUGAAGCAUUUGUUGAAUAUAUCUUAAGAUCAAAUGUAACGUUUGUGGUAAAUUUUGUCAUAUACUUUUUUUUUCUUCAAAAAAGCUAUUACCGUAAUUCCUCAAAUAAAAGACAGGGCCUUAUUUACCUGAACUGCAGAAGGUAACAGGCUUUUAUUGGAGGCAGGCCUUUAUUUCUAAUUCCAUCUGUUUGAUAAGUAAUUGUUUUGAAUAAACCGCUUUAAACUAAAAGCGAUAGUGGUCCAGUGGACAGAGAUCAUAACAUUAGCACAGAAUCAGUUCAGAAUCAGUCACCAAAAGAAUCAGUUCGGUUCACACCAUAGGUUCAGACGCGCUCUGUGUCAUUCUGCUCCACGCUGAAUCACGCAUGCGCAGUACCCUCAGCUCCUCGGUUCUCGAAUUGGACGCGUCCGACAGAAACAAUUCUC